UUCCCAAAAACCCAACCUCUCUCUCCAUCUCUAACCCAAAACCGAAACUCAACACAACACCCUCAACUCUCUCAUGGACUCGGCAGCUUCAUCUCCUCCCUAUCGCCACCACUCCCGCUCGGAGCCACCUUCCCGGACCAAAUCGGCGUCAAGGCUGGCCCAAGCCGAGAAGGUCCCUCAUCUCUCUCUGGGUCUAAUCCAAUCACCCUCACCCCCCUCUCGCAAAUCUUCUUCUCUCCCUCUUCAUGAGCUUCUGCUUCUCUCCCCUUCCCCGAACCCAAGAAGGUCCAAGACCCGUCUCGCCGACCGGUUUGACAUGCCGGACGAGCCCGCGGCGGAACCUGCCGGCCCACGACGGAGGUGCAAGAGCAGAGCCUCCCAGAUGGGCUCUCUGGGCUGUGCAUCGCCCAGGAUCACCAGAAGGUCAAGGAGGAGGUCGGAGGUUGAGAUUCGAGAAGAUAAGGAUUUGGGUUUGGGUGAAGAGGUUGUGAAGCCUGUGAGGAAGAGAAGGUCCAAGAAAGACAAGCUCAGCUUGGUUCUUAGUGUUCCUUCUCCAACUUUGUCUACAAUGGAUGAUGAGGAUGGAAGUAGUCUGGAGCGAAUUGGGCUGCUGUUGAAUGAUUUGAUUAUGUGGAGAGAUGUAGCAAGAUCAACCCUUUGGUUUGGUUUAGGCUCUCUCUUCUUCUUGUCUUCUUGCUUUACCAAAGGAGUCAACGUUAGCGUUUUCUCAGCGAUUUCCCAACUAGCACUUCUGUUCUUGGGUGCUUCGUUUGUCUCGAAUUCAAUCUCCCAAAGAAAUAGUAAUGAAAAGAAGCGUAAUUACUUGCUUAAGGAAAAUGAUAUCGUUGGUGUGGCCAAAAUGAUACUACCUGCUGUAAAUCUUGCAAUAGCAAGUACAAGGAAGCUAUUCUCAGGAGAGCCAUCAAUGACUCUCAAGGUAGCUCCAUUCUUUCUUCUAGGAGCAGAAUAUGGGCAUCAUAUAACAUUGUGGAGGCUCUCUAUGCUUGCCUUUUUUAUCAGCUUCACAAUCCCAAGGCUGUACUCAUGCUACUCCAUUCAAAUGAACCAAAGAGCUGAAUGCUUGAAAUGGUGGGUGUUGGAAGCAUGGGGAGCAUGCUCUCACAAAAAGAUUGUAGCAGCAUCAGCAAUCACAGCAUUCUGGAAUCUGUCUACGGUUAAAACCCGUAUAUUCACUGCAUUCAUAUCCAUUGUAAUUCUUCGUUACUGCCGACAACACAUGGUGCAAGUUAGGGAAGAAGAUGAAGAAGCAAAACAGGAGGAGAAGCAGCAGGACAUAGUGAUGGCAGAAGCAGAAGGUGAGGAGCAGCAGGAGCAGGCAUUAGUAGUGGCCGAAGUGGGCAAGCAAUGAUAUAUAGUCCAAUAGUCACCACAUCUCACACUAAUGUUUUUGUCUCUGAAAGUGUAUAAAAUAUGUACAAAUCAAACUGCCUUCCAAACUUCUCUUUGUGAAAAUAUCAUAAAUAAAAAUGAUUUCCAGAUUUCUGCCAGAAGUCAUAUUCAAAUGUGUAGAUCUCUGCACAGGAUUAUAAAUUACUUUCUCAAUAUAUAAAGAAAAAUGAUUGAACUCUA